CACCGCCUCAAUCUCUCAUACUUGGGAACGAGAUGUCGAGUGGUAUUGUAUAUAUCAUCUUUGCUCUUCUGAAAGGCAUCAACUCGUGCGACGUAUAACCCCAAUCUUGGUGUUAGCCAUGACGUUCAAAUCCCAAAGUCCCGACAUAGACCUGCCCCAUGACCUGUCAUUGUGGUCUUGGCUUUUCGAUUCGACGCAAUCUUGCUUAUCCAAGUACCCCCGGGACAAGAUUCAGGGGUUCACCAAUGUUGUCACCAAGCAACAUGUGAGCUUUCAGGAUGUAGAAAGAUAUACUACGUAUGUCUCGACGGCCUUGACGACAUUAUGUGGACUACGUGAAGGCGAUGUGGUCAUCGUCUACGGAAAAAACUCCAUCUGGUACCCCGUAGCUACACUUUCCGCAGUUCGAGUCGGCGCCGUCGCAUGUGGCAUAUCGCCAGAGUAUAACAUCGAAGAGCUCUGUUUCAGCUUGCAGCUGAGCAAAGCUAAGUUCAUCAUGGCGACAGUCGAGACAGCGGAUAAAGCCUGCGCCGCUGCGGCCAAGUCGGGCAUUCCCAAGGAGAACGUGAUUCUCAUGGACGGCGCAAGAGUCGGCAUGAUGAGCAUCCAGAGAUUGCUCCAGUUGGGAGAGUCUCGUGGGGAGAUGAAACAAGUCAGGCCAUACCAGAUCCCCAAAGGCAAAUCCAAUGGUGAUGUGUGUGCCUACCUCUGCUUUAGCAGCGGCACUACCGGCCUUCCAAAGGCAGUCAUGGUAUCUCAUGCAAACAUCAUCGCUCAGUGCCUCCAAGUACAACAGAUUACACCCCCCGAUCAUGACAAGGUCCUCGCCGCGUUGCCAUUCUACCACAUCACGGGCAUCGUACACCAGCUGCACCUCCCUAUCUUGCUCAACGCCCACGUCUACGUACUGCCCACCUUCACCCUGGAUGCGUUGUUGCAAACAGUGGCAGACUACAAGGUCAAAGAACUGCUGAUAGUACCACCCAUACUCAUUCGAAUGGUCCGGGACGAACAAACCGUGUCAAAAUACGAUCUUUCGCAUGUAAAACGUUUCUCCUCGGGUGCCGCACCCUUGUCUCAGGAGAUAUUAGCACUACUGGAAAGCAGGUUCCCUGGCACGGGCUUCAAGCAAGGCUAUGGAAUGACGGAGUCAUGCUCGGCCAUAACUUCGCAUCCACCCUCCAAGUAUGCGUACAAAUAUGCCGACAAGGUUGGCAUGGUGGUGGGGUCGACCGAAGUGAGAGUGGUCAACCCCGAGACGGGAGAAGACUGCAAAGUUGGCGAGGCCGGAGAAAUAUGGGCGCGUGGUCCACAGGUGGCCAUGGGCUAUCUGAACAACCCCAAAGCAACUGCAGAGACCUUUGACAAGGACGGGUUCUUGCACACUGGGGACAUUGGGAAAUUCGACGACGAAGGGCUGCUCUCCAUCACGGACAGGAUGAAGGAGAUGAUCAAGGUCAAGGGCAUAGGCGUCGCGCCGGCAGAGCUCGAGAAUCUUCUGCUGGGCCACCCAUCAGUCAGCGAUGCCGCAGUGCUGGGAAUUCCCGACGAGACUGCGGGUGAGAGACCCAAGGCAUAUGUUGUCUUGAACCCAGCGGGGGGCUUGUCUCCUGCCGAUGCAGGACGGGCUCUGAUUCAACUAGCAAAGUCCAGCAAAGCAAGACACAAGUGGAUCGCCGAAGUCGAGAUUGUUCACGAGAUACCGAAGAGCCCUGCUGGCAAGAUACUGCGACGAAAGCUUAGGGAAACGUCUCCACAAAGCAGUGGGAAUGUCAUCGUUCAGGAUGAAUCCCGAACGUCAAGACUGUGACAUGACUGCCA